AUACCCCGGAUGCAGAAAAGUGAGCCCGGAUGUACAAUGCAGCUAGGGGCGGGAUGCCACGCCUCGCGAAAGCUUGGCCCCUCCCUGCUCGCCAGGUGGAGUCCGGCGCGCGGCAGGAUACCCUACUGUCUUGUGCUGGGUGGUGCUGGGCCUCCCAGAGCGGUCUGAACCUUUCUUUUUUUUUAAAGAAUAAAUCUAACAAGAAAUGUGUAAGAUCUAUAUGAGAAAAAUAAUAAAAUUCACCUGAAGGACAUAAAAGAAGACCAAAACAAAUGAAACAACACAUAUUUCUGGAUGAGAAAACUCAAUAUUAUAAAGAGGUUAGUUCUCUAAAAUGAAUCCCUAAACCCACAAAGUCAAUGUAUUUCCAAUGAAAUUGUCAACAGCAUUAUUUUCUGAAGUGGGAUGAGUAGUGCUAAGAUUUAUAAGAAAGCCAACAUUCCAGAGCAGUGGGGAAGGGAUUGCUUCACCACCAAAUAGCCAUAUUAGAGUAUUCCCUUGCACCAUACCCAAACCACCAUCUCCCAGGACCCGGGAGAGCAGAAAAGAGGAAUGAGAAGAAAGGCGAGGAUGUGAGGUGUGCCCUCAUAAUGGCGGUGCAUGCAGCACAAGCAAUUGCAGAAAGACUAAAGUACUGAACAAAUAGAAAACUUGGAAAAAUAUUAGAAGGAAAUGUGGGAGAACAUUUUUGCAAUUUGGGGAUUGGAAACGGUUUUCUUAACAAGAUAUAAAAACCCCAAAACAAGAAAACAAAGGUUGAAAUUCAUAAAAACUAGAUACUUCUGUAUGAUGAAAGACACGAUUAAUCAAGUUGUUAAGUUUAGCAAUAGACUAGGGGAGAUAUCAUAGUAUAUUUAACAGACAAAGGAUUAAUAGAUAUUACAGAUGAAAUAUAAAAUAGUUUCUCCAAGUCCAUAGGCAGAAGAUAAUCCAAUAGCAACAUAGUUAAAUAAUGUAAACAAAUCAUCCUUAGAAGAAGAAAUGCAAUCACCAAGAAACACAUGAAAAGGUGUCCAGCAUUUUGCAAUUCAAGCAACAAUGAGGUGACAGAUCGGCAAAAAACUCAUAAAGAUUUAUCAUCUGAAGGAUUGGCCAAGAUAAAGCCAAACUUCUCGUGUUGGCAGAAGAAACUGGUGAAGCCAUGUGAAGAGGCCACGUGGUCCUGCCUACCAAGAUGUAAAAUGUGUACAGCAUUUGAACUAGCAAUUCAGCCUCCAGGAGCCAUCCAGAAGAAACACUGACACACACUUAGACUCUGGUGAAAUUCAAGGACUUCUGCCACAGCCUCCUUCGAAAUAGUGAAAAUCUGAAACUGCCUCAAUGACCAUCAACAGGAAGUUGAUUUUAAAGUGUUACAGCACAUCUGUCUGGAGAGAUCGCACUGGCCACUCCUCCUCACCCCGUCUGCUGGACCUCUGAGCGUAGGUGGCCUGGAGCUGGGUUGUGAGCCCUCUUUGGUCUAUACCGACACUACCCAAUAUGGUAGCCACCAGUCACACUGGACACUUGAAAAGUGGCCGAUCCUAACUGAGAAGGGCCAUGAGUGGGAAAUACACACCAGACCUCAGUGACUUAGGCAGAAGUAUGUUUUGUUCCAGACUAUUGACUGAGCCUGCAGCUGAGUUGGCUCCAGCACCCUGGCCCCCUGCUCCAUCCACUCACUGGGACUCCCCACUGCACAGGGCACCCUCUCCAGGGGCACUUGGGCUGUGAAGGGGAGAGUGGGUGUCAUCCCAGGCUGAAGCUUCCUGAGCAGGGCCAGAGGAGGAGCCAGUCCCUGUGGGCCUCUGUUCUGACAGUGUCAACCUCAGCCAGGCUUGUGUGGGCCAGAUGUACUGUUCUGGUUCAGAUUUCAAGGCAAUAGUCAGGGCAGGCCGCGCCAAAGCCCUCCGAUGGGCUCCCCUACUGCCUGGCAGACCCGUCCAGCUUUGGACUCUGGCCCUGCGACCUGGAAGUCAGGCUGCCAAGAGGUCCAGGCAGUGGCCUCCACUGUGGAGGGUCUCUGGAGAGUUUACAGCCCUAGAUAGGGGGGUUAGGGAUGUGAGAUGGUCCCAGGGGCCUGCUCCUGAGCCACGCCAAGCUGCCUGCUCCCUUUCCUCUGCUUCCAGACUCACAGGGUCCUCUGCUCGUCAGAACAGGAGUGUGGGAGACCCUGAGACACUGCCCCAGGACCUGAACAGGUGGCAAAGGCUUAACAGGCUAGCGGUCACUGUAGUGACAAGGCGAUUGAGUGGUCACCAUGGUGAUGGGGAUGGAGGCUCUUUGCCACCAGUCCCAGUUUUAUGCAUGGCAGCUCUAAUGACAGGAUGAUCAGCCCUGCUGAGGCCACUCCUGGUCACCGUGACAACCACAGGCCCUCUCAGGAGCACAGUAAGCCCUGGCAGGAGAAUCCCCCACUCCACACCUGGCUGGAGCAGGAAAUGCCGAGCGGCGCCUGAGCCCCAGGGAAGCAGGCUAGGGUGUGAGAGACACAGUCACCUGCAGCCUAAUUACUCAAAAGCUGUCCCCAGGCCACAGAAGGGAGAGGACAUUUCCUACUGAAUCUGUCUGAAGGACACUAAGCCCCACAGCUCAACACAACCAGGAGAGAAAGUGCUGAGAACGCCACCCAAGCGCCCAGCGAUGGCCCUGCCUGGAGAACAUCCAGGCUCAGUGAGGAAGGGUCCAGAAGGGAAUGCUUGCCGACUCGCUGGAGAACAAUGAAAAGGAGGAAACUGUGACUGAACCUCAAACCCCAAACCAGCCCGAGGAGAACCACAUUCUCCCAGGAACCCAGGGCGGGCCGUGACCCCUGCAGGGGAGAAGCCUUGGACAUUUCCACUUCAGAAGCCUACUGGGGAAGGCUGAGGGGUCCCAGCUCCCUGCGCUGGCUGCUGUGCAGAUGCUGGACGACAGAGCCAGGAUGGAGGCCGCCAAGAAGGAGAAGGUAGAGCAGAUCCUGGCAGAGUUCCAGCUGCAGGAGGAGGACUUGAAGAAGGUCAUGAGACGGAUGCAGAAGGAGAUGGACCGUGGCCUGAGGCUGGAGACCCAUGAAGAGGCCAGUGUGAAGAUGCUGCCCACCUACGUGCGCUCCACCCCAGAAGGCUCAGAAGUCGGGGACUUCCUCUCCCUGGACCUGGGUGGCACUAACUUCAGGGUGAUGCUGGUGAAGGUGGGAGAAGGUGAGGAGGGGCAGUGGAGCGUGAAGACCAAACACCAGAUGUACUCCAUCCCCGAGGACGCCAUGACCGGCACUGCUGAGAUGCUCUUCGACUACAUCUCUGAGUGCAUCUCCGACUUCCUGGACAAGCAUCAGAUGAAGCACAAGAAGCUGCCCCUGGGCUUCACCUUCUCCUUUCCUGUGAGGCACGAAGACAUCGAUAAGGGCAUCCUUCUCAACUGGACCAAGGGCUUCAAGGCCUCAGGAGCAGAAGGGAACAAUGUCGUGGGGCUUCUGCGAGACGCUAUCAAACGGAGAGGGGACUUUGAAAUGGAUGUGGUGGCAAUGGUGAAUGACACGGUGGCCACGAUGAUCUCCUGCUACUACGAAGACCAUCAGUGCGAGGUCGGCAUGAUCGUGGGCACGGGCUGCAAUGCCUGCUACAUGGAGGAGAUGCAGAAUGUGGAGCUGGUGGAGGGGGACGAGGGCCGCAUGUGCGUCAAUACCGAGUGGGGCGCCUUCGGGGACUCCGGCGAGCUGGACGAGUUCCUGCUGGAGUAUGACCGCCUGGUGGACGAGAGCUCUGCAAACCCCGGUCAGCAGCUGUAUGAGAAGCUCAUAGGUGGCAAGUACAUGGGCGAGCUGGUGCGGCUCGUGCUGCUCAGGCUCGUGGACGAAAACCUGCUCUUCCACGGGGAGGCCUCCGAGCAGCUGCGCACACGCGGAGCCUUCGAGACGCGCUUCGUGUCGCAGGUGGAGAGCGACACGGGCGACCGCAAGCAGAUCUACAACAUCCUGAGCACGCUGGGGCUGCGACCCUCGACCACCGACUGCGACAUCGUGCGCCGCGCCUGCGAGAGCGUGUCUACGCGCGCUGCGCACAUGUGCUCGGCAGGGCUGGCGGGCGUCAUCAACCGCAUGCGCGAGAGCCGCAGCGAGGACGUAAUGCGCAUCACUGUGGGCGUGGAUGGCUCCGUGUACAAGCUGCACCCCAGCUUCAAGGAGCAGUUCCAUGCCAGCGUGCGCAGGCUGACGCCCAGCUGCGAGAUCACCUUCAUCGAGUCGGAGGAGGGCAGUGGCCGGGGCGCGGCCCUGGUCUCGGCGGUGGCCUGUAAGAAGGCCUGCAUGCUGGGCCAGUGAGAGCAGUGGCCGCAAGCGCAGGGAGGAUGCCACAGCCCCACAGCACCCAGGCUACAUGGGGAACUGCUCCCCACACGUGCUCGCAGCCUGGCGGGGCAGGAGGCCUGGCCUUGUCAGGACCCAGGCCGCCUGCCAUACCGCUGGGGAACCUAGCGGGCCUCUUCCCUCAGUUUUUCGGUGGGACAGCCCCAGGGCCCUAACGGGGGUGCGGCAGGAGCAGGAACAGAGACUCUGGAAGCCCCCCACCUUUCUCGCUGGAAUCAACUUCCCAGAAGGGAGUUGCUCACUCAGGACUUUGCUGCAUUUCCACACUGUCAGAGCUGUUGGCCUCGCCUGGGCCCAGGCUCUGGGAAGGGGUGCCCUCUGGAUCCUGCUGUGGCCUCACUUCCCUGGGAACUCAUCCUGUGUGGGGAGGCAGCUCCAACAGCUUGACCAGACCUAGACUGGGCCAAAAGGGCAGCCAGGGGCUGCUCAUCACCCAGUCCUGGCCAUUUUCUUGCCUGAGGCUCAAGAGGCCCAGGGAGCAAUGGGAGGGGGCUCCAUGGAGGAGGUGUCAAGUUUCGAAUACCCCCAGAGACCUUUUCUCUCCCAUACCACCAUCCCUGAGUGGCUUGUGAUUCUGGGAUGGACCCUCGCAGCAGGUGCAAGAGACAGAGCCCCCAAGCCUCUGCCCCAAGGGGCCCACAAAGGGGAGAAGGGCCAGCCCUACAUCUUCAGCUCCCACAGCGCUGGCUCAGGAAGAAACCCCAAGCAGCAUUCAGCACACCCCAAGGGAAGACCCCAUCAUAUGACAUGCCACCCUCUCCAUGCCCAACCUAAGAUUGUGUGGGUUUUUUAAUUAAAAAUGUUAAAAGUUUUAAA